UAUCCAUUAUUGUAAUUUGUAUUUGAAAUUUAGUGUUGCGAAGAACAUGGUUGAUACGAAACUUCAAGACGGUGCUAGUGCAGCUCUAUGGACUUGUAGGUUCUUCCUUUACAUAGUUAUUCUAGCAUUCUCUGCCACUAUUGUUGGGCUCGACGGAAGAAAAGGAGAUAACAUAUGGAAUGACGCUCUGAACUAUAAAGGCAAAAUAAUUGACUUCUGUGCCUAUUCAGCUUCUUCUGUUGUAGAAGGUGGUGACCAUGGUGCCUGUAAAUAUGUCAUGGCAUUGGCUUCUAUUAGUUUGAUUCUAGUCUUCUUUCUCUGGUUAUUCACAUUUGUUGAUGCACUUUACCCAGUUCUCACAAAGUUUUGGUUUGUUGAACUUGGAGUUAAUGUAUUUCAGACACUGUGGUGGUUAAUUGGUGCCAUCGUCGUAACAGUCAAGAGGCCAUCGAGUUCAGUUAUGGACGCCCUUAGUCUGACGAAAGAUAUCAAUACGAUAGAAGGUUUGUCUUGGAUUAACUUCGCUUUUAGUUUAUUCCUUUGUGGAGUGUCGGUAGUCGACGGUCUGUUGGUUGGGGAUCGAACUUCUUCCUCUGGAAAGCAACAAAAUACGGGAUCCAAUAAUGCUUAAAUGAGGAGUAGUUAUCCACUUGAGAUAAUGUUGAUAGUGUGCAUGAAGUUGUGUUUUUGUUAUCUUGCCUAAUAAGGAUGUUUCGUCCUUUGUGGCGAUGAGUUGGUUUGCAUUUGUCGAAUAAAGAAAUCAAUUUGAAAAUGGAAUG